AAGAAGAAACUCAACCCAAUGUCCUAACAAGUUAAUACUUGUUCUGCGACUGAAGUCAGCGACUGACUGAUAAUGUUGACUGGCUCUCGUAUUUCGCAGCAUCUGAGAGAGUGUAACAACCAUCAACAUCUAGGGUUAGGGUUAGGGUUGGGGUUGGGUUUGGGGUUUUACCACAGCCGAACAGUGAGGCCUUCCUCUGUAGCUGUUUCUUCUGAUAAGAGAUUGAACAAUACUUCUUCUUCCUCAGGCAUUGAUUUUGGAUUCCCCCUCGUUGGUUGCCUUCAGGCCAGAUCUCCCCGCUCCGAAAUUCCCGUUCUCUCCGAUUGUUUCAGCCAACGUGAAGAUGAUCAUGAGCCUACAUCUGAAGAAGUGUCCUCUGUAGCAGGAGGGGUAGUUGCAUUGGGGAAGUUUGAUGCCCUUCAUAUUGGUCACAGGGAACUUGCGAUCCAAGCUGCAAAGGUCGGAGUUCCAUUUCUUUUGUCCUUUGUGGGAAUGGCAGAAGUUCUUGGUUGGGAGCCUAGGGCUCCCAUAGUUGCCAAAUGUGACCGCAAGCGUGUUCUCUCCUCUUGGGCUCCAUACUGUGGUAAUGUAACCCCCACAGAGUUCCAGAUAGAAUUUUCAAAAGUUCGACAGCUUUCUCCACGUCAAUUUGUUGAGAAGUUAUCAAGGGAGCUUGGAAUACGUGGUGUUGUUGCAGGACAAAACUACCGGUUUGGAUACAAAGCAUCCGGUGAUGCAUCAGCGUUGGUGAGGCUUUGUGAGGAGCAUGGUAUGGGGGCAUAUAUAAUAAAUUCUGUGAUGGACAAGAAGCAAGUCUCCAAAAAUAUAGUACCGGAUAAUACAAAGGAGCAAGGUCAAGUCUCAUCUACUCGUGUUCGUCACGCCCUUGCUGAGGGAGAUAUGAAAUAUGUCUCGGAGCUUUUGGGCCGCCAACAUCGUCUCAUGUUGACUACAAAUGACAGGGAAAGGUUUAGAAUCGACAAAGGUAGGGUUUCGGCUCCGAAGUCCUGUUCGUUAAACCUUCCACCUAGGGAGGGCCGGUAUACGAACUGUUCUCUUUUGUUUAGUGAGGAGAAUGUAGUACCAUGCAGGGUAAGCAUUGAUACCACACACAUUCAUUUGGAAUUGGAAGAGAGAGCUACUUGUGUUGAUGUUACUUGUCAAGAGUUUAGGUCCUUGGGCAUUGACUUUGGUGAAUCAAGAGUUUGAUGGUAUUUAAUUUAUGAAAUUCAUUUAAUUCUGUGUUCAGGAAA